AUGUCUCAAACGACAUUAACAACAUUUUUUAACAGUAGAAAAAGACCAGCAACGGAAGAUAUCGCGAGUACGAAGAAUAAAAUAGCACACUUGGAACGUUUAGAUCCAAUCACUAAAACGGGAAGAAAAUCUCCAUUUCCUAAAAAUGAUUUACUGCUACAUAAUGGCAAAGAAUUAAACACCGUCACCAAAGUUGAAAAUUCCAAGAAACUAGAUUCGGAGCAGAAGUUGACCAAAAAACCUGAAAAUACGUCAGAGCAACAGAAAGCUGUUGCCUUCAGUAAAAAAAUCAAUGUCUCUAAUAUUGCUAAAAACAGUGAAACCUCCAAAACGGAACACGUCACUCAAGCUCGGAAAGAACUAUGUUUGGGUGAUAUCAAAAAGAAGUUAGCUAGCAGCAGCAGAUUGUCUGAAUUGAGAGCUACAGCGGAACGUCUUAGCAAAGGUAUACAGGAAUUAAAAGAGAGUAGUGACAAAAAGAACUUAAAAGAGUUUAAAUCUAUUAAUGUGGAUGUACCCCAGAGUCCUAGUAAAAAAUCAUUGAAUCGUCAUGAGUUCUUGUCACCUACGAAACAAGACAGUGUCACAACUCAGCAGUUACCUUUGCUGUCUCCAAGAAAAGUUAUUGUUAGUCCUAUCAAAAGUCCAAGCAAAGUACCAGCGUACAUCAGACAUGCAUCUUUGGCUGCUUCAUCUAAUCUUCAGUUGCCACAUCACUAUAGAUUUCUGGCUGAGCUAUUCCGAGGUAUGGAAACGGUUGUCGCACUACUCUAUAACAGGAAUGAAAAAAUCACUUUCAAUAAACUGAAGCCUUCAAUCCAAGAAAUGCUCAAGAGAAGCUUCUCUGAAAAACAUUUGGCACAAAUAAAAUAUUUAGUCCCUGACUUUUACAACUUCGAAGUGCAAAAGAUUAAGAGUUUCACAUCUUCAAAUCACAAAGAAACAUUUGAACUCAUCAUAUCUCCCAAUUUUCCUAAUGAUAUCAAAAUCAUGAAUCCGAGCGUUCUCCUUGAAAGGAGGAGAUACUUCUACAAUACUUUACUUCAAUUGGUUAAAAAGCAUCAUGCCCAAUUUCUCUCAACUCUGGAUCCUCCGAUCGAAAUUCCUGAUAAUAAGUUAGUAAGAUGGCAUCCUGAGUUUGAACUGGAAAAGAUUCCAGACAUUGAUGGAGCUAAACUGCCAGAAUUGCCAAAUACCGAAAAAUUCUCUUCAGCCCAAGAUGUUCUUGCGAAAGCCAGAGAGCUUUUUAAAUGUAAUACUAAAAUGGAAAGAGCACUCGAAAAACUUGCACAAGCUAAAGCCAGAGGUUUAACUGAACAAGAAAAAGCAGUCACUGGUUUGAAUGAUUCCCCAAAGAAGGAUGUAUCUACUCAGAUAAGCAAACCUUCGACGAGCGGGAUACAAAUUUUAAACCCUGCACUUCGUAACCUACCGGCGGCCUUAUUGGAAAAAGUCAAAGCUAAACAAGCUGCUAAAGCAUUCGAAGCAAUGACCAGAUCUACAGAAACUGAACACAAGUACCUGGUUUACACUCGCCUUCCAGAUUUGGCGAGGACUUUAAGGAAUAUAUUCGUUACGGAGAGGAAGAAUGUACUCGCACUCAAUAUAGUGCUCUCGAAACUCGAUAGCAGUUUCAAAUCUAACGUCUCAGCUAAUGAUUUACAAAAGGAUAUAAAGCUUUUGACCGAGGAAGUACCAGAUUGGAUCAAACUGCAUGAAAUAAGAAACGCCACUUAUCUGAAGCUAGACAAAAAUACAGAUUUGAAGACAAUAACUUCAAAGCUCGAAGCUGCUGCUCAAAAAUACAAAGAUUAA